GCGGGAGCCAGUGUCGUCGGAUCCGCCCGCAGUCCGCAGUCCGGCUGAGCCCGGAGGCCGCCUGGAUGGAUCCACCGCUCCCGGUCGGAGCCCAGCCCCUUGCCACUGUCGAGGGUAUGGAGAUGAAGGGUCCUCACCGGAAGCCCUGCGCCCUGACCCUAGCACAGAGGAACGGGCAAUAUGAGUUAAUAAUCCAGUUGCAUGAAAAGGCACAGCAUGUUCAAGAUAUCAUUCCUAUAAAUAGCCACUUCAGAUGUGUUCAAGAAGCAGAAGAAACUCUAUUGAUUCACAUAGCUUCUAACAGUGGCUGCAAAAUUCGGGUUCAGGGGAACUGGACCAGAGAGCGCCGCUUUGAAAUCCCUGAUGAGGAACACGGUUUGAAGUUCCUCUCAGAGGUCCUCCUUGCUCAGAAAGAGCAAAAGGAUUCAUCCAGCUGGUACCAGAAAUUAGACACUAAGGACAAACCUUCUGUUUUUUCAGGGAUUCUUGGAUUUGAAGACAAUUUUUCUUCUAUGAAUUUGGACAAAAAAAUAAAUUCACAAAAUCAGCCUACUGGGAUUCAUCGGGAACCCCCACCUCCACCCCCUUCAGUGAAUAAAAUGCUUCCACGUGAAAAAGAAGCUUCUAACAAGGAGCAGCCCAAAGUGACCAAUACUAUGCGGAAGCUCUUUGUACCAAAUACCCAAUCUGGACAGCGGGAGGGUCUCAUUAAACAUAUCCUGGCAAAGCGAGAGAAAGAAUAUGUCAACAUUCAGACUUUCAGAUUUUUUGUUGGAACUUGGAAUGUGAAUGGCCAGUCUCCAGAUAGCGAGUUAGGACCUUGGCUGAACUGUGAUCCCAAUCCUCCUGAUAUCUACUGCAUUGGAUUCCAAGAACUGGACUUGAGCACAGAAGCCUUUUUCUACUUUGAAUCUGUAAAGGAACAAGAAUGGUCCAUGGCUGUAGAGAGGGGUUUGCAUUCCGAAGCCAAGUAUAAGAAAGUUCAACUGGUGCGCCUUGUUGGGAUGAUGCUCCUUAUAUUUGCCAGAAAGGAUCAGUGUCGAUAUAUUCGUGAUAUUGCUACAGAAACAGUUGGAACUGGAAUCAUGGGGAAAAUGGGAAACAAAGGUGGGGUAGCUGUGAGAUUUGUAUUUCACAACACCACCUUUUGCAUUGUCAAUUCCCAUCUGGCUGCCCAUGUGGAGGACUUUGAGAGAAGGAAUCAAGAUUAUAAGGACAUUUGUGCAAGAAUUAGUUUUGUGGUCCCAAACCAGACCCUCCCGCAACUGAACAUCAUGAAACAUGAUGUUGUCAUAUGGUUGGGAGAUUUAAAUUAUAGACUCUGCUUGCCUGAUGCCAGUGAGGUGAAAAGUCUUAUUAAUAAGAAUGACCUUCAGAGACUCUUGAAAUUUGACCAGCUAAAUAUUCAGCGCACACAGAAAAAAGCUUUUGUUGACUUCAACGAAGGGGAAAUCAAGUUCAUCCCCACUUAUAAGUACGACUCUAAAACAGACCAGUGGGAUUCCAGUGGGAAAUGCCGGGUUCCAGCCUGGUGUGACCGAAUUCUUUGGAGAGGAACAAAUGUUAAUCAGCUUAAUUAUCGGAGUCACAUGGAACUGAAAACCAGUGACCACAAGCCUGUUAGCGCCCUCUUCCAUAUUGGGGUGAAGGUUGUAGAUGAACGAAGGUACCGGAAAGUCUUUGAAGAUAUUGUACGCAUCAUGGACAGAAUGGAAAAUGACUUCCUUCCUUCCUUAGAACUCAGCAGGAGGGAGUUUGUGUUUGAAAAUGUGAAGUUUCGGCAACUACAAAAGGAGAAGUUCCAGAUCAGCAACAAUGGACAGGUUCCCUGCCAUUUUUCUUUCAUCCCUAAGCUUAAUGACAGCCAGUACUGCAAGCCAUGGCUUCGGGCUGAACCCUUUGAGGGCUACUUGGAGCCAAAUGAGACAGUGGACAUUUCUCUUGAUGUGUAUGUCAGCAAAGACUCUGUAACCAUCUUGAACUCAGGGGAAGAUAAGAUUGAAGAUAUUCUUGUCCUUCACCUGGAUCGAGGCAAAGAUUACUUCUUGACAAUCAGUGGAAAUUACCUCCCAAGCUGUUUUGGUACAUCUUUAGAGGCUUUGUGCCGCAUGAAAAGACCAAUCCGAGAAGUUCCUGUUACCAAACUCAUAGACUUGGAAGAAGACAGCUUCCUAGAAAAGGAGAAAUCCCUUCUGCAAAAGGUUCCUUUGGAUGAAGGUGCCAGCGAGAGACCCCUUCAGGUCCCCAAAGAGAUCUGGCUUCUAGUAGAUCACCUAUUCAAAUACGCCUGUCACCAGGAGGACCUGUUCCAGACCCCUGGAAUGCAGGAGGAGCUCCAGCAGAUCAUUGAUUGUCUGGAUACCAGCAUUCCUGAGACAAUCCCUGGCAGCAACCACUCUGUGGCUGAAGCACUGCUCAUUUUCUUGGAAGCCCUACCAGAGCCAGUCAUCUGUUACGAACUGUAUCAGCGAUGCCUUGACUCUGCUCAUGAUCCCCGGAUCUGCCGACAGGUGAUCUCCCAGCUUCCGAGAUGCCAUAGAAAUGUUUUCCGUUACCUGAUGGCAUUCCUUCGAGAACUCUUAAAAUUCUCUGAAUACAAUAGCGUCAAUCCCAACAUGAUCGCUACUCUCUUCUCUAGUCUUCUCCUGAGGCCUCCACCCAACCUUAUGGCAAGACAGGCUCCAAGUGACCGCAAGCGUGCUAUUCAGUUCCUUCUGGGCUUUCUGCUUGGGAGCGAAGAAGACUAAGGCUUUUACUGUUCUCUGAGAUUCUAGAAGCAGACGAUAUCGGGCUCCAAGUAUUUCAGAAUGAUUUAAAAAGUCAUGCCACGGGAAGGGUCUAUUGCAGAAUUUCAAGUUCUGUUUAUAGUAAAAAGGAAGAGCAUUUCCUAACCCCUCCUUUACCAUAUCCUGCAUAGUAAAAUACUUUUAGACUUA